AUGUACAUCGAAGGCAAAAUAUCUCACAACAAUCCGAGCUACAGCACAGCCAGGGAGACAGCCGGUCCACGAACCAUGAUUGCGGUGGGCCAGCAGAAGCAAAUGGCCAUGCAGCAGAUCUCCGACGGCACAUAUCGCGUGUAUUUUGGUCUGGGAGUGCCGGAAACUGGUAGCGCCGUUGACAAGACCGAAGCCGUACGUCAGAGGCUGCUGUCGUUGGACGAUUUUUACGCAUCCUGGGCGCCACAGCUCAAGGCCAUUAUUGCGAAUUCUGAGGGCCCCUUUCGUGCUUGGUCUUUGUACCGCAUGGAGCUAGGUGACAUUGGCUGGAAGCGCGAGGUCGCUCCUGGGGUGACUUUGCUUGGAGAUGCAGCGCACGUGUCGACCUCGUUUGUGGGCCAAGGGGUCAAUUCACUGCGGGAGUGUUUCAAAUCUCACCAAUGUUCCGACAAUCAGGGUGGAAAGGCCUUGGCCUCAUAUGAAGAGGAUUUGUUCAAGCGUGGCCGGGACCUGGUCCGUCGUAGCACGGAGAGCGAGGAGAUGUUAUUUGCUGAGAAUGCGGAUGCGCAUUAUAUUAUUCUUCACAUUUGGCCCUCUAAUGGUAUUAUCCGUAUUCUACUCUCAUUCCAACUAAUGUGUGGUCAACAUGACAAAAAAAGUCUGCGUACUCUCUCAUCAGACAUCUCAAAAUCAGUAUAUGAGCUACGCUCUUCAAUUUUACUCCUAAAUCCUAGUAGCCAAAAUGUGGAGAGCCAUUUCUGUGUGGGCAGAUAUGGUUGCUUUGGUUACGAAAUAUGGUGCCUGACUUGUUUCUACUGUGUCUCUGUGGCUGCUUGCUGUAAGCGUGCUUGGCAAGCCCAUCAGGACAGCGUCUUUGCUGAUUGUAGCAUAGUCCCAUUUUGCCAAACCGCUGGAAACGAGCUUGUUUGGCCCAGAAUGCAGUAUGAUUUGCUUAGCAUGCUUCUACAUCUCAUGAGGCACUGA